GCUCCUUCCUAGCAGCAUGGCGGACACUGCACCUCAGCCCAAAAGAAAGCGCGAAUCGGACGCAGAGGCGGAAACCCCCAGCACAGGAGAAAAGGAAACAGGAGUUGGAAAUGGUACUUCUGCUCCUGUUCGCUUACCGUUCUCCGGCUUUAGAGUGCAAAAAGUGCUGAGGGAAUCUGCGCGGGACAAAAUCAUUUUCCUACACGGGAAGGUGAAUGAGGACUCUGGGGAUGGGAAUGGAGAGGAUGCUGUUGUGAUCCUGGAGAAGACACCGUUUCAGGUAGAACAGGUCGCCCAGCUCCUGAAAGGCACCCCUGAGCUCCAGUUGCAAUUUUCCAAUGAUAUCUACAGCACCUAUCACCUGUUCCCUCCAAGGCAACUGAGUGACGUGAAGACCACAGUGGUAUACCCUGCCACAGAGAAACACCUACAGAAGUACCUGCGCCAGGACCUCCACCUGAUCCAAGAGACAGGAGAUGACUACAAGAACAUUACCUUACCUCACCUGGAGUCCCAGAGCCUCGGCAUUCAGUGGGUGUAUAACAUCCUUGACAAGAAGGCUGAAGCUGACCGGAUUAUUUAUGAGAAUCCAGAUCCCUCUGAUGGCUUUGUCCUCAUCCCUGACCUCAAGUGGAACCAACAGCAGCUUGAUGACCUGUACUUGAUUGCCAUCUGUCAUCGCCGAGGCAUCAAAUCACUUCGGGACCUUACUCAAGAGCACCUGCCGCUGCUCAGGAACAUCCUUCGUGAAGGGCAGGAAGCCAUCAUGCAGCGCUACCAGGUGAAGGCAGACCAYCUCCGUGUUUACCUGCAUUACCUGCCCUCCUACUACCACCUACAUGUGCACUUCACUGCCCUGGGUUUUGAGGCACCCGGUUCCAGUGUGGAGCGGGCCCACCUGCUGGCCCAGGUGAUCGAGAACCUAGAGUAUGACCCCACACACUAUCAGCAGCGCACUCUCACUUUUACCCUCAGAGCUGAUGACCCCCUACUCAAGCUCCUACAAGAAGCCCAGCAACCUUGAGUGUGCCAGGAGAGGGGCACAUUUGUUUGUGGUUUUGGGCAGUAUGGAGGCUAAGUUUUACUCCAAGGGGAUUUUUAAAACAUUUAUUUUGUACUGGCUUAUUCCUUAUAUGUGAAUAAAGUAUUAGGCUCAUCUGUGAAGACAGAAAGCAUGAUCUGGGGAGGCAGAUGGGGAGGGACAACAGUUGGGCAGAGCAAGUGGGAAAGUCCCCUGGAAGGGUGGAAAGUCAAGGUUGUGGCUGUAGCUGGAAAGUGACAGUACCCUGGAAGGGUGCUGAGAGCUUGCUCCAAGUUCCUGUACUCAACACACAUGUUAGUUUCUGCCCUCCUCCCUGCUCACACUCCUUCCUAUUGUGCUGCCAGGCCCUCUCCCACCAAUUCGCCUUUGGGGAGGUCCCCCAAAAUACCAAAUUCAAAACCUCUCCGGAAAUAUAGUCUAUAAAGGCUUUAGAUGCCACUUCCUCCUUCCCUCGCAGCCCUGAUGUCACACCCUGCAUAUGCGUUAACCCUGUAGAAAAACUUGCUGAGGAGGAUGGGGGAUUAAUGCCUGGAAGUGGGAGGGUUUUAAUGAGAAUCUGAUGAUGCAAGCCCCAAAAGCCUGCCUUUGCCUCUGUAAUUUGGUCAGCUAGUCUCUGGCCUUGAGUUUAUUAUCUAGGCAGGAAGACAAAACACUCACGUGGAACAGCCAGAAGAGCAAGUUCAAAACAGUGUUAUCAGCAAGGGCAAUAUAAUAUGGUUUCAGUUGAGUACAAAAGCUCCUAAGGAGCUUGGGUUCACAGUGUGGUCAGUGCUAUAGGUUCAUUAGAAUCUGGAAGCCAGGAAGGGUCCUUGACAGAUCAGAGAAUGAUGACCAGACUUGGAGCCAAGGAGCUUAUCUGGGAAGGGUGAUAUCUACCACUGCCCCAGCAGAGCAGGGAUACAGCAUGCACACAAGGGUACUCUCCAGCACAAAGUACAAGUGUAUCACAGUGUUAGAGGGGCUGGCAUUUGCUGUUUGAUCAGGGUAGAGCUGAGGCUAAUGUGGCCUGCUCAGAAAGCUUUAUCUGGGCCCUGUAGUGACAACAAAAGGAAAGCAUUUGGCAGAGGGGUGGCUGUCACUCUUGUCUCCUGGGUGUGGGACCCAGGAGGCCUGGAUUCAGAGCCCAGCUCUUUUCCUUACAGGUGAGGCCCUCAGCAGGUGACACAAGUGCUGCACCUGCCCUAGGCCCACACUGCCUGCUGUGGAGAGCAGGACGUGGACCCUGGUGGUGAGGCCUGAGUGUGAGUGGUCUCCUGACCCACCCUUCCCUUCAGCUCUUCAAGAAUCCCAGGAUUCAGAUAGUGAGCAAUUGUUUUAGGUAGUGACCAAGACAGGUUUCUCAACUGCAAAUCCAGCUGGAUCCACUCAUGGCCACCACA